GUAGACGCUGUGCGGGUCUCAAAGUUCGCCUAUGCCCUUAUGCCGCCGUCUCUUUCGAACCUUCAAGAGGCGGCUCGACGGCGGCCGCUCCCUCACCUCCCCCAAGAUCUUUAAGUCCUACGUCGAGACCUUCGCUUCCGUCCUCCGCCAAUGCGCUCUCGACAGCCGCCUCGCCGCCCUCGGGCUGGCCCUCCACGGCCAUGCGCUCCGCGCUGGCAUCUCCGCCGACCCCUCCGUCUCCUCCAAGAUCCUAGCUUUGUAUGCCCUCUCCGGCCGCCCGUCCGACCGCGACCUCCUCCUCGCCGAGUCCCGCCGCACUCCCGGCCUCUUCUCCUUCAAUCUCGCAAUCGCCGAGAGUGUCCGCUCGGGCGACCUCGUCUCCGCGCGCCAGGUGUUCGACGGAAUGACCGAGCGGAAUGCCGUCACGUGGACGCUCAUGGUCGACGGCCAUAUGAAGCGCGGCGACGUCGCCGACGCCGUUGCCUACUUCGAGAGCAGCCCCUGCAAGACCGUCGUCUCCUUUACGGCCUUCAUUAGCGGGUUCGCCCUCAACGGGCUUCACCACGACGCCCUGACGAACUUUCUCCGCAUGUUUGCGUCCGGCCUCAUGCCGAACGAGGUGACUUUCACAUGUAUCCUCAAAGCUUGCGUGCUUGCUGGUGAGUUCGAUCUGGCGAUGUGCAUCGUUGCUCUAAUUGUGAAGACAAACUUCGAUAGGCAUCUCUCAGUGCGCAACUCCUUGAUCAGUUUUUACCUCCGAGUGGGUGAAUUGGAGAAGGCAAGGGCUGUGUUCAACGAGACGGAGGAAAGAGACGUUGUAUCGUGGACGAUCCUACUUGAUGUGUAUGCGCAGAUGGGAGACUUGAAGCAAGCGCGUCAGCUGUUCGAUGAAAUGCCGGAGAGAAAUGAGGUCUCUUGGAGCACCAUGAUUGCAAGGUAUGGUCAGAGUGGGGAGUCUGUGGAAGCCAUGAAUCUUUUCUGCCUCAUGCUUCGCGAUGGGUGUGAGCCUAAUGGCUCCUGUCUUGCUAGUGCUAUCAGCAGCUCAGCUGCCUGCGGGAAUUCUCUCUUUGGGAGCUCUGUACAUUGCUACACAUUGAAGGUUGGUUUUGAGAGCUAUAUUUUUGUUUCUAGUUCUCUGAUCGAUAUGUAUUGCAAGUCUAAAGCCCCAAAUGACGGGCGCCGUGUUUUUGACUUGAUACUUGAGAAGAACACUGUAUGCUGGAACUCAAUGGUAGCAGGUUAUAGCUGUAAUGAUCUGAUAGAGGAAGCUGAAGAACUUUUCAAAGUGAUGCCUGAAAGGAAUGUUGCAUCUUGGAACGCAUUGAUCUCUGGUUAUGCAGAAAAUGGGCAUUUCGCGAAGGCGCUAGAGACUUUCGAUAAAAUGCUAGUCUCAGAACAAAUGCCAAACCAGAUGACAUUUUCCAGUGUGCUACUUGCUUGUGCAAAUCUUUGUUCAAUUGACCGAGGGAAGAACCUUCAUGGUAGGAUUGUAAAACUUGGCAUUCAAAAUGAGGUUUUUCUUGGAACGGCACUCAUCAAUAUGUAUGCAAAAUCUGGAGACAUUGAGAGUGCCAUGAGAAUGUUUUCCGAGAUGCCUGAAAAAAACCUAGUUUGUUGGUCCGCAAUGAUCCAAGGGCUUGCAGAUAAUGGGUAUGCAGAUGAGUCCAUAACCACGUUCGAUGAAAUGAUAAGUGCUGGGGUAACUCCGAACGAUGCUCCAUUCUUGGCUGUUCUGUUUGCUUGCUCGCAUCGUGGUUUAGUUGAUAGAGGAUUGCAGUACUUCAACUCAAUGGAAAAGGUUUAUGGCAUCGUGCCCAAGGCAAAACACUACACCUGCAUCAUCGAUUUGCUAGCUCGAGCCGGUCAUCUCUGGGAAGCAGAGGAACUGAUUGGCACAAUGCCUAUCAAACCAGAAGCUAAUGCAUUGGUAGCUCUGCUGAGUGCUGCUUCUUUAAGGGAUGAGGAUAUGAGCCAGAGAGUAGCAAACAGAUUGUGGGAAUUAGAAAGACAUAAUUCAGCCGGGCAUGUCUUGCUAUCGAAUACAUAUGCUUCUUGUGGCAGAUGGAGAGAUGUCGCGAAGGUGAGAACUGAAAUGAAACUCUUAGGAAUGAAGAAGAAUGUAGGGUGCAGCUCAAUUCAGACAAGAAAUCAACUUCAUACUUUCUUCAGUUGGGGUAUGAAGCACCCAGACUCCUUGAAGGUUUAUGAAAUGUUGGAUCUUGUGAUGUCAGAAAUGACAGGUUAUAAGUUACCUCUUACCUCUGCAUUACUGACAUUGUGAAGAAAAUGAGCAGAAGGUGGUUUCAUAAUCUGAAGGAGCGCAAGACAGAUGGCAGGAGCUGCUAUCUAUGAGGCAGUUUGAGUUUACUAUCAGGUUAUGGGACUCAUCCGCUGUCGCCGGACGCGUUCCUAGACGUGUCCGCCGUGGCCGAACGCCUCCGCUAUAGCUGGACUCGCUGGAUGCCUCAUUCGGGAAAUUCUGCUCAACACGAUCAUCACAUCCAUCGGACAUAACUAUGAAAGAAAAACCCUAACCCUAACCAAGCACGUCAAUCCUCAGCUCUCCCCAAUUUCUUUCCCAGCCACAUCCAUCAGUCCAUCCCUACGAAGGAAAAUCUCUAUCCUUAACCAAACAAAGUCAUUUGUCCGCCAAUCCCCACCAAUGACAAUGUAAAGCUCUAACCGUCAAGAUCCACCGACCGACCGACCAAACCCAUCGACAAGGAGACUGAAGCAAAUGACGAAAGAAACAGAGUCGAAGUCAGCUAGUCAUCUCAAAAAAUAAGAGAAGUGCUCGAUAAAUUGGAAUGACACAGGAACAAUCGAACGCUAUGAAAUGGGGAGUAUGAGGAUUUUGUUGGAAAAUUGACUUCUGUAACAAGAAACCAACUUUACAGAAGGUCAAUUCAAGGUGAUGAACCCAAAGCCUCAUCCAUCUUCUUUUAGGACAGCAAAAAUUUAUGCACGAUUUUUAGCUGGAUACAUGAUGCAUUUCUUGAGUUCAACAUUGGUGUUGUCACGAUAACUAAGAAAAAGUGUCGUCAUCAAGGUUAGAUCGCGACUGUGGUGUUUACAUUUGUUUGUGGAUUGAGUAUCUGGCGCAUGACGAUGAUAAAAUGUGGAAUUAUGAAAGAGAAGUGAAAUGGACACUUAUCGGGCACACAUGGCAACCAUCAUUUUAUCAUAUGAAAAUGGAAUUAUGAAAAAGUAGUCUUUGCUAAUUUAUCCCAUGUGAUUAUGGUUGUUGGUGGAAAACAUAUUUAGGUUGUGAGUUGGUGUGUCUGUAGAUAUUUUGACUUUGAUAAACUUUGUUUACUAUUAAGUGUGUAUGCUUAAUAUUU